CAAACCUGCGCGCGCCCGGCUACCCAAGACCAGCCACUCUCCACGAUGGCCAACUACCUCGCCUCCAUCUUCGGUACCGAGCAGGACAAGGUCAACUGCAGUUUCUACUACAAGAUCGGCGCCUGCCGCCACGGAGAUAGGUGCUCGCGCAAGCAUGUCAAGCCAUCGUACUCGCAGACCAUCCUUCUGCCCAAUCUCUACCAGAACCCGGCCUACGACCCCAAGAACAAGAUGAACCCACAGCAGAUGCAGAUGCAUUUUGACGCUUUCUACGAGGACAUCUGGUGCGAGCUGUGCCAGUACGGCUUGGUGGAGGAAGUCGUGGUCUGCGACAACAACAAUGACCACCUCAUCGGCAAUGUCUACGUGCGCUUCAAGUACGAAGAAGACGCGCAAAAGGCCUGCGACGCGCUCAACUCGCGCUGGUACGCCGGCCGCCCUAUCUACUGCGAGCUCUCCCCCGUCACCGAUUUCCGCGAAGCCUGCUGCCGCCUUAACUCGGGCGAGGGCUGUGUUCGUGGAGGGUUCUGCAACUUCAUACACCGCAAGGAGCCGCAGCCAGAGCUCGAGCGCGAGCUGGAUAUGUCCACGCGCAAGUGGCUCAAAGAGCGGGGCAGGGACGAGCGCAGCAUGAGCCGUAGCCCAACACCACCCGCGAGACGCGUCUGAGCGCGCACACUGGUAGCGGAACACGUUGUUCGGGCUUCUCUGGGGUUAUAACGCUGGACUGAUCGAGGUUGAUGUCUUUCUGGGGAUAAUGAGGAGGAUAGUAGGAGAAAGUGUGCGGCGGAUCUGAACAAAGUGGCAAAGUGGGCAAAUAUGACAUCUCGGCUUGUCAGUAUAUUUGUCCCUAGCAAUGGGAAAGCAAGGAAUUCUCGGGGGACAUCAUCAGAGCCCCACGCGGUCAGUCCUGCCAAGGCCAUUGCAAUCCC